AUGCAGUUUAUUAUUUAUUAUUGUUAUAAGCUUAUAAUUAUUGACUAUCACAUUCUCUACUAAUAAAGAUAAAUAUAAGUGGAAAUAUUUUUAUAAAGAUUCUAAAAUGUUAUUUGGGCAGCAGAUUGUAAAUUAUUCUAAAUUUAUAGAAUUCUUUUCUAUAUAUUUAUUAUAGUUAAGUUAUCCAUAAGUAUAAUCAUUAUUACUUUCUAUGCAAUCAUUCUUCUUUUUUAUAAACUUAAUUAAAUACCUUUAUAAUCACCCUAUGAUUUGAAUAAAUUAAAAUAUAGAGAAUUCUUGUUUAUGCUUUUUAUAGGAUCUUUUUUAAUUUACAGUUUUGAAUUUAGCUAACUGAUGUUUGGAUGGAUUCACAUUAGUAUGAUUUCAUUAAUGUUAAUUAUUAAUUUGAUAAUUGAUCUUUUAGAGUCGAUCAAUAAUGCUAAAACAAUUUAUUAAAAAGAGUAACAGAAAAAGUAAUUACAAGAGUUAAACAAAUAUUAUAAUAAUCCACUUCAAAGACUUGUAUUUCAUAGAUGUAAUACUCCAUUUCUGAUACAAUGA